AUGAAUUCGGUUUUACAGGUUCUUCUUUUCUGCAUCCCUUUCUACGACUUCUUGGACCAAGCAAGCAAGAAGGCUGCUCAUAGCUUCAACAGUGAAACUCCACUUGUUGAUGCCAUGAUCAUGUUCAUGCAUGAGUUCAAGAUCAUUGACUCCGCUGUGUCUGUAGACCAGCUGCGGCGGCGACUGAAAUUGGAAGAGCUUGAACAGUAUGGAGAGCCUUUCACACCCGAAUUCGUGUAUGAUGCCAUCAGGAAACUUCCUCGCUUUGCCAGCAUGAGGCGUGGACAUCAACAAGAUGCUGAGGAGUUCCUUGGUUUCCUCCUUGAAGGGCUUCAUGAUGAAUGCGCGCAAGUGAUGCGUGCUGCCCCUAGCUCCGCUGCUUCAACCGCUCCAAGUUCCUCACUGCCAACACCCACUGCGUCUCACGCAGGUGGCGAUGUGGCUGAUGAUUGGCUUGAGGUCGGCCGCCGCCAAAAGUCUGCUAUCACUCGGUCAUCUGGACAUUCCCAUACCUCCUCUCCUGUUACUAAAAUCUUUGGUGGCCAACUUCGAUCUGAAUUCCGUGUUCCGGGCCUCAAGGAUUCCGUCACUCUGGAGCCUUAUCAGCCACUGCAACUCGACAUUGGCGGACAGAAUGUUCGCAAUAUCAUUGAUGCCUUGAAGGGCUUGACUCGUCCGGAAACACUACGGGGCGACUUCAAUUCACCUCGUGGCAAGGACGUUACGGCUACGAAACAGGUCUUUAUUGAGUCCCUUCCACCCGUUUUGAUCCUUCAUCUGAAGCGAUUCCAAUUCGAUGCAGAGGGCAAUAGCACCAUCAAGAUUUGGAAGAAGGUCGGAUAUCCUUUAGAAUUGGAAAUCCCCGGAGAGGUGUUUUCUCGACAGAAGCGGAACAGCAUUCUGGCAGAAGGCAUCGGUCUGCCCAAGUAUAAACUUACUGCGGUUGUUUAUCAUCAUGGAAAGAACGCGAGCGGUGGGCACUACACUGUCGACGUCAGGCGGGAAGACGGUCGUGAGUGGGUGCGCCUUGACGACACCGUCAUUCGGCGCGUGCGUAGCGAGGAUGUCGCCGAGGGUGGUGCCGAAGAGGAUGCCUCGAAGCUUGCAGACAAUAGUAAGAAGGAAGGUGCCGUCGCUCCUGGUGCGGCAGGCAAUCGGUUUGCUGCUAUGGGAGAUGAUGAUGGUGACAGUGAGGAUGGUUGGCGACAGGUGAGCGCCACAGCGAACGGUGGCAAGAAGUGGAGCAGUGUGGUGAAUGGUAGCUCUUCGGGCACCAGUACACCUAAGGGCAAGCCGAUCAAGGACAACGUCAAGGAUAACAAGGUCGCGUACCUGUUGUUCUACCAGCGGAUCUAA